AAUCACAUUCUAGAUAACACGUGUACAUCAAGUACACAAGUUGCUGUACCUUCAUCAUAUACCGCAUUUCGUGACUGACAACGAGGAAGACUUUGCGUGAUUUGUUGCGUAGUUUAAUUUUCAUACAAAAAGAAAAUCUCGAAAUGAAUAUUUCUCAGAUAUACGCGUGGAUGCAGCAAGGUAUUCCUUCUCAAGGAACACCGUAUGUUCCAACAGAUGUUCAAUGCGUUUUAAACAGCCUGGACUCACUAUUCCUAACAUUUCGCGAGGAAACCACCGGCAUUCCUGAUGAUCCACGAGAUUGGACUUGGCAAAACGUUUGUCAAUGGCUUGGUUGGGCGGAGGCUAAGUUCAACCUUGGAAUUCAAAUAUCUAGUUUCAUGGAUUGUAAUGGUUGUGUUUUUGAUGGAAAAGCCUUAUGUAGACUUACUAAACGCAAUCUAUGUAUGAAUACUUCUGCUGCAAUAGGGGAAAUUUUAUGGCAAUCACUUCAGAGAAUCUGCAGAGGUAAAAUGUACUUUCUAGACUACAACAAAAAGCAAGAACAGUUGAAGCAGAGAUUGCAUUCAGUGUCAUGCAUGUCUGACAUGGCUUCUUUCAAAGAAAAAUUUGUAUCUCCAGGAGAUGAAGAAAAUGUUUCAAGCACAAUUCCUGAUUUGGUUAGCGAUGCUGAUGCCUUUUUGGCAAAGUUGACAAGUGUACCAUCUCCUCCAGCUUCUGAAUAUUCAGAUUAUGGCAGUAUGGUUAAUACACCAGGAAGUGUUUCUGACCUGGAUAAUUCACCAGUUCAGUCACCACCACCACCACCAAUAGUUAACUUAAAUGAAAGUCAAUCAAAACCUGUACGUUCACCUCCUGGACGCAAACGUGGUCCUAAACCGACAAUAAGAUAUACAGGAAAUGGCCCUAUUCAACUGUGGCAAUUUCUUUUGGAACUGCUCCUUGAUUGUGAACAUAAGACAGAUGUUGAGUGGACCAAAGAUGAUCGUUUCGAAUUCAAAUUACUUGAUCCAGAGCAUGUCGCGAAGUUAUGGGGUUUAAAAAAAAAUAAACCCAAAAUGAACUAUGAGAAAUUAAGUCGUGGUCUCCGAUACUACUAUGACAAAAACAUCAUCUCAAAGGUUCAUGGUAAACGAUAUGUGUAUCGAUUUCUGUGCGAUAUUGAGAAGGUUCUUGGAUUUGAUCCAACUGCAACAGUUCCUACAAAAGAAAUUGUUCAGGAUGAAAUUGAAAACAAUCAAUCUCCUGCUACGUCUCCAGGUGGAAAAGAUGAAAAUACGAGUGGCAAGCCUUUGGAAAGAGUUAAUUCAGAUCUUUCUGAUGAUGAUUUAUUGAUUGAUACAUCCGCAAGUAUCUUUGACGAUGAUCUCCCAACGAUUGGUUUUGAUGAUCUUGUUUUCGACUCUGAAGACUUUUGUUUAACAGAUGAAGUCUUCCAUAAUAAUCUUUACCUAUAGUAAAGAUGUCUUUUUUUUUGUUCAGAACCUGAUGGGAAGUAACCAUCCAUGUUGUUAUGACUUUCUAGUUGUAACUUUUAGUAGCUUGUAUCAAGCAUUUUUGUUUUAAAUAUUCUGUGAAUAUGUUUUAUAUAUGUUGAAUAUUUCAACAAACAUUAUAUUUUACCAAUUAUUUGUAUUUUUCAUUUUGUAGUAUAACUAUUUAAGUUGAAUUCAAAUGAUUUACUGAGAUGUUAUUUGUUCAACCUAAAAUCCGAAAUACUGGUGAUUUAUCAGAAAUUUAGUAGCAUUGUUAAGCAAGUUUACAGUAAUUCUCAGUGAAUCAAUGUUGAAAUUGACGCUUAGUAUUUGAAUAAAAAGUUUGCCUGUAAAUGUUUAAAAACAUCGAUUUGAGAAAUUAGAACAUUUGAAAUAAACACGAUGUACAAUAUAAAUGUAUGCAGAAAGUAAUGAAGAAUAACCUUCAUAUUUUACUUGAAUAAUAAAGCUGGCUUUCUGUAA